AUGCCAACACGGCACAAGGUCCGUCGAAAAGACCAGGGUCACAAACCGUCUGCGUUAACGCGGUUGCAAAGCCAACUAGAGGCUCGUCUACGUGCAGCGCACUUUCGGUACUUGAACGAGCAACUUUACUCGCUAGACUCGCACGAGGUAUUUCAGCUGUUUCUGAAACAGCCUGAACUCUUUGCCCUCUAUCAUAAGGGUUAUCAGGAACAGGUCGCAAAGUGGCCCCUGAACCCAACGCAAGUGUGCCUGGAGCUGCUGAAGCGGCGGAUACACCAGUUUCAUCGCAUGCGGGGCACCAAAGCGCAUCCGCUGAACACCACUUUCAAUGCUCAAGCCUUUUCGAUCGUCGACAUGGGUUGUGGUGAGGCAACCAUCGCUGCCUCGCUGGAUAGCAGACUCGCCAACUCUUGGUCGGCCCGAAACGGUUUCACUGUCGAGGUGCAUUCAUACGACUUGGUUGCGGCAAACGAACUCGUGACGGCCUGUGAUCUGGCACGGGGCACUGGUCUACCCAACGACUGCGCAGAUGCAGUCGUUUUCUGUCUUUCACUCAUGGGUCCCAAUUACGGCGCGAUGGUCAAGGAAGGCCUCCGCCUUUUGCGUUGCGACCCGACUCGAUCCGGUUUGCUGCUCAUUAUCGAAAUAACAAGCCGUUUUCAGAGCCGAGCGGAAACCCGGGACACGCCCGGCGCUCGGGUCCAGCUGCAACGGGGUGCAUCGACGACGGCAUCCACGAUGUCGAGCUCGGUCGAGGCAGACUUUGUCGUCGCACUCGAAUCGCUCGGACUGCGGCUACAAGAACAUCGCCAGCUUCAUGAUUACUUUACGCUUUUCGUAUUCGAGGCGACCGAAUCAGCAGCGCGCAGGAUUCACAUCAUCGAGAUGCCUUCCCUGAAACCUUGUCUCUACAAGAAGCGCUGA